AUGUGUGUGUACGUGUUGAAGCACAAGUUCGACCUAUUCAGCUCCCUGGUGUCACACCUCGCCCUCGUGCUGUUCACGUUCAACUCGGGGACCAUAUGGCUGUGCGCGGACACGGUCUUCGAGGUGGCGUUGGCGAGGGUGUCGGCCAAGUCGCUCGCCCCCACCGGCGUGCCGGCUGCGCCAUCGCAUCCAGGCCCUCUCGCAGAGGAGCUGCUGCUGCCCGUUCAGGCCGCGGACAAGGUGAUCGGGAGAUUGCUGGGGCAGCUCCGCCAGGACCGGCUGCUGUUCUGGCUGAAGCUGCGGGCGGUGGGCGUGGGUCUCGGCGUGCUCUCCCUGAACGUGAUGGUCCUCGCCGGAGCCUCUGCCAUGCGGUCGCCCUUCAACGUGUUUGAGGCCAUGGAACACUACGUCUACCGAGGCGCUGUCGUCGAG